AAUCUGGAUUUUAUGGGAUUUUAGGGUUCAAAGAUUUUAUAGUAAAAUCAGGAUCGGAACCCAUUGGUAAGAUCGUAAAAUUGUAAGAUUUUAAGAUUAAAAUCGGAAUUUUAACUACAUUGUGUGUUGCUAUAAGGUGUUGUUGUUGUUCCCCCUAGCAUUUUAGAUGAAAUUGACUCUCUUCCGCGGUAGUGGCUUCUAUCAUAAUUUGGCACUCCUUCAACAAGUGGUUGGUUUGAACACCAUCCACAUACCAUCACUUGGCUCUUCCCUUUGUUUCUAUCCUUCAAUAACACCUUAAUCAACCCAUCAAUCUUUGCCUCAAGUGAAGGGCUUGCCUCGGUAGUACGAACUCCUUUCUCACGAGUCCAUCUUCUUCUCUUUGUCAUGCCCCAAUUGUACCCCUUUGUCGCCAUUUCUUCAAACAAGUCGGUCAUUUGUCGGGGUAUCUUGUUGAGCAUGUUCCUUUGACACAAGGAAUCAAUGAGCUUAUGGUCCUCUUGGUUGAGACCGUUGUAAAAGGUUUCAAUCUUGAACUCUUCAUCAAAACCAUGGUGAGGGCUUGAAGGAAGAGUUCGGUAUAGAGCUCCCAAGCAUCUCUCAAUGUUUCAUUUUCCACUUGAGCAAAGUGAGUGAUCUUUCUUCGAAACUCCACCGUAUUGUAAGGCGGGAAGUGUUGGAUGGAUUUUCAUGAAUUGCUUGAGUUUGGAUUCCUUAUAAUGUCAUUUGAGCUUUUGACCUAGGAGGGAUAUAAUCCUCUCUUUAUCCUAUAUCGUCUGGGUAAUCCCCGAGGGAUUCGAUUGGAUUGAUCUCCUAGAUAUAGGUUUGCCCUAGGUUGAAUAAAGCACCACCCAUCCAUCAUUUCACCGUUUGGGUCCGCCCCAAGGGAUCUAUCUCCUAACGAUAAGUUAGUGAGUCGUUCGAGUUAGGAUGUACUCAAUAUCCAUCAACUGAUGGAACAAGGGGGGUUCAAACCUAAGAGAGCUCACACAUUGUAAUUAGCUAGGUUAGUUAGUGUAGUCUUCUCUAUGAACUAAACCAUCUUUCCUCUCUAUGAAGUAAACCUUCUUCUCUUAGGUUGAUGAACCCUAGGUUCUAGCUUUUGGAUAUGUGUUAGUGUAAGUGACACAUUCUAUGUUUUGAUUGCUGAAUUCAUCUAUGUGUUGGAUGGUUUUUCAUGAAUGACUUGAGUUUGGAUUCCUUAUCAUGUCAUUUAAACUUUCGACCUAGGAGGGAGAUAAUCCUCUCCUCAUCCUAUACCGUCCGGUUAAUUCCUGAGAGAAUCGAUUGGAUCGAUAUCCUAGGUAUAGGUUUGCCCUAGGUUGAACAGAGCAUCACCCAUCCAUCAUUUCAUCGUUCCGGGUCCGUCCUGAGGGAGUCCAUCUCCUAAUGGUAGGGUAGUGAGUCGUUCGAGUUAGGAUGGUACUCAACAUCGAUCAACUGAUGAAACUAGGGGGAUUCAAACCUAAGAGAGCUCUUACCUUGUAAUUAGCUAGGUUAGUUAGUUUAGUCUUCUUAAUCACUAUUCUAGGUUGGCUAGAUAACGAACACUAAACCUGAAGUAAGGUAAGCCUAGAUCCCCUUGAUACGAUAAAUUUUAUUACUUGCUUACCCUAUACUACGCCUGGUCUUAGGUUAUACUUUAUCGUCAAUUGGAAAUGUUGUAGCUAGAGCGAACCACUACCCAUUAUGAAAGGCCAUCUAACAAUUCUCAUCAAUAACAAGAGUCAUGGAAUUCCCCCAAACAACAUAAUCUCUUUUGUGGAGGAGUUGUGAAACCAAACAUUGCCCCCGAUUCUCUAAAGGGUGAUUAAGAAUAUGAACUAGCUGGAUUAGGAAGUCCAGAACGUUUAUGCUUGAAGUCCAGAAAAUUUAUAUUGAUUAUCAAAGAAGAAUGUGAGUUUAUAUAGCUAGGAGCAACAUACAAUUAUACUGGGAGAGGUGGGAGAGUCGUUAUGAAAAAUUACAAAACCAUACAUAUUCUAUCUUAUUUGCGUAUUCUAACCGAUACAUAAAUGCUACCUAGUCCUAAUCUAUUAUUAUAUUUUGUCAGAUAAUAUGAUUAUCCUCGAGUAACCUAAAUGCUACCUAGUCCUAAUAAAAUUGAUAAUAUGAUUAUUAUAAUAGUUAACAUUCAUCUCCUACUUUCUAAAUACUUGAUACUCCAUUAUAUGUUCACUGAGCAUAUCUCUUUAGUUUAAAUUCGAACUUAAAAUAUUUUUGCACACAAAAAUGACCAACUACCAUAUCAUUGGUCAACCCAUUGAUCAUUAACUAUUGAGAUUCAAAAUUAACGGAGACAAAAACAUUGGGACAAAAGUGUUAUAUUGAAAAAAUUGAGGCACAAUGACAAAAAUCAUAUAGUACAAGUCUUCAAAUAAUAUUAACCUUAAAAAGGGCAUUGCUAUUCCUUCUCCUAAGUAAAUUAAAUUUACUCUAAUGCACUUAGUUCAUUUAUUUGCGUUUCAACUCGUCCGACCAGCUAGCAUUACAGAAGAAUGAAAGAACUUGCUCCUCCUAUUUCUUCAUUUCCGAGCAAUAGGGCAGCAGUAAUGGUCGGCGAGAAGAAAAUAUUUAGUAAUUUGGUUAAUCAACAAAGGAUAGACAUGGAUGAAAGAGACAUUAAACAAAAAAAAAAACAUAUGAUUGAAAUUGGGGAAGCCUGUACCUUUGACUUGUGCUGUUAUAUUUCUAAUCCCAAUUGUCCUUAAGUAUCCUACCAAUUUGCUAGAACAGAUCACACAGCUUCUCCUCAAGAAACACAAAAGGCCUUCAUAAUUAACAUCCCACUUUCUUCCUCCUUCCCUCCCUCCUCCCUAUAUUGCAAGUUGUCAUUUGGUACCCAUACAAAACCCACAAAAGGCAAAAGGCAGAAGAAAGAUCCAUCAGAAGAAGAUCAUAUCAACAGACCAAAAAUGGGAAGAGCACCUUGUUGUGACAAGGCAAAUGUAAAGAGAGGGCCAUGGUCUCCUGAAGAGGAUGAUAAGCUCAAGGAAUACAUCCACAAAAAUGGAACAGGUGGAAACUGGAUUUCUCUCCCUCAAAAAGCUGGUCUCAAGAGAUGUGGGAAAAGCUGCAGGCUCAGGUGGCUCAACUAUUUGAGACCCAAUAUCAGGCAUGGAGAAUUCUCUGAUGAUGAAGACAAAAUCAUCUGCAGCCUUUAUGCUAACAUUGGAAGCAGGUGGUCAAUUAUAGCAGCACAAUUGCCAGGCAGGACUGAUAACGAUAUAAAGAACUACUGGAACACCAAGCUGAAGAAGAAACUCAUGGGUUUGCUCCCCAAUUCUUCAUCCCACCAUCAAAGAAAACUACCCUUUCAUCAUCACCAGCUAACAAAUUAUGGACCAAUGAUCCCAUCAGACCAAAUAACAAUGAUCCCAUCCUCAUCUCCAACAAUGUUCAGAUCAUCAAGUCCUUCCUUGAGCAGCAGCAGCAACAACAACUCGUUCAACGCUUCUGCUAUGCAACAACAAUAUUACCAGCAGCAGGUCAAGGAGGAUGGAGUGUUGGUGUUUGGGACAGGUGGCACUGAACCCAGUUGCAGCUCUUCAGAUGGAAGCUCCAACAACAACAACGCCGAGCAAUUGCAGAUCAUCAGCAGUUUCCAUGAUCAGCAGCAGCAGGGGCCUGCUGCUGAUGGUCAUUAUGGUACCAGUUUCAGUAAUGAUCAGAGUGGAACAUGGAGUGACCAAAUCAUGAAAAACAACAGCUUGGAGGAAUAUGGUUUAGAGGAAAUUAGGCAGCUGAUGAGCGCAAGUAGUGGCAACAACAACGACACCAACAGCUUGUUACUGUUUGAUGACAACAGGACAGAAGAAAGGCUUAUGUUCUACUGAUUCUUUUUUGGUGCUUCACUGAUUAUUGAAAAGGGUUUGAAUAAGUGGGAGAUUUGUGUUCCUCGGGUUGGGGUUGAAACUUGAAAGAUUCAAGCUUUCUUUUGGGAUAAUGGUGAGGUUCUGUGUUGGAUAAAUUUGGUUACAAAAGAGGAAAGAAGCUUCUUCUUCUUCUUCCUUGUUCUUUCUGCUACUGUUGUAUUUUCUGCCUUUUACUUCUUCUUUUUUCCUUAUUAAUUGAUGUAUUAUUUCAUAGUAUAUGGUAAAUAUAUAGUAUUUGUUAUUGUCAAUGUACACAGAGCAUUACUGCCAUAAAAUACAAUAGCAGCAAGUUAUUGUCAAUGUAGGGAACCCCACAAAAAGAAGAAAAAUGGAUAAAUGGAAAGAACAAAAGGCCAAUAUAACAAGAGACAAGUUUGAUGGAGUGCCUAGCUACUAAAAAUGAAGUUAGAAAUGUAUUGUAUUUGUAGUCAUUGCCAUAGCUAGGAAGAUAUUUCAUUGGGUCAAAAGUUUUGAUCAAAUUUAGGUUUAUUUGAAAAUUGCAAUUGUUUUUGUGAGAUUGUUAGUAUAUAUUUUUUUUAGUAAAAAUUGUUAGUAUAUUUGUAUUGUUUAGAAUGCAUCGUUUUUUUUAGUAGACAAAAUACAUUGAUUGUUUCUGUGAUGUGACAGAAACUAUCACUCAAAAUGAGUUUUUGUUAUAUGUCAGCUUUUAAGUGAGAUUGUUGAGUUGAGAUUGUUUUAUCUCAACAUUAGCUGAUGCGACACAAACAAUCACACAUACCAAACACUGUAUUACACAAUGCAUCAAAUUCAUCAAUAUAUGUAUAAUAUUAUACAUGCGUUCACAAAAAUUCAUCUAUUUAAUAAUCGCAACUUUCAAAUGACCCCUUAAUGUAUGUGGGCAAGUUCAUCAUUCCAAAAUUGUUUUUUCUCCUUCACAUUCCACUAUGUAGAUUUGCCCAAUAUUUAUAAUCUGUCUUAUUAUAAUUAUCAUGGUUCAGAAAGUGCGUUUAAAAUUACGAAUAGAUACCUAGGCGCUAGGCAACAGCAAAACAUCUCACCUGAGAGUUACAUAGUGAGUUAAGAAUCCAGAACGCGAGGACAAAGUAUGGUGAGAGUUAGAUGUGGCCUAGGUGUUAUUAGGUUGAAGUAAGAAGUCAAUAUCAAAAUGCAAGAAAUUAAAAUAAGGUACAAAUAGAAUAUUUUUGGUUAAUAUAUUCAUCAGCUCAAGAAUUUUGUGACUAUUGAGCUAUGAACUUAUUUCUUAGUGUUAAGUAUUAAGCAAGCUAUUAAUCAUUUGAACUAAAUUAAAAUAUUGUAAAAACAAUCAUUUCAUUCAUUAUUUAUGAUUAACGGUUAUUUUUGCUUCCACUUUUUAGGCACGUUUGGACAACAUCUAGGCGAACCGGUCGCUAAGCAAGACCCCAACGUCUUCCUUACACAUAUCAUUUUUUUGAACCUUGAUGAGUACAAUGUGUUCGCCUUCCAUCAACAUUUUCUAAAAGAAAUACGAAUUUUUUUAAUUUAUUAUGGUCUCGCCUGGAUAAGAAAUGCAAAAAUUAUUUGUUUGGCUGUCUUUAUUAAUAGCCUGGCAGUAACUUGCUUCAUGAAUCUUGGCCAUUACCGUUGAAGAAGCGACUUUUUUUUGUGCUGGUGUGAUUUAGCUAUCCGUUUAAGAAAAGAAAAUUGAGGUUGAUGCUGAUCCUUAUCUCACUUCUUCAAUAAAUAAAUAAAACAACAGGGAAGAAGAUGGUAUAUUUAUAGAUACCAUUAUAUUUCACGGGUCUAAACUCUAAAGUCUAGACCUCUUCUUCUCAACAUGAUCAUUUUAUUAUUAUUAUUAUUAUUAUUAUUAUUAUUAUUAUUUUAGGACGAAGCAAGCAAGCAAGUAAGUCAGGCAAAAUGCCAAAAGUUGACUUGACAUCUUCCGCAAGUGGUUAUUAUUUAUUAACUUGAAAGGGGCUUGCUUGCUUGGCCCUGUAUUGGGUGGUUUUUCCUCGGGAGGAGUUACGGUGCUAAUUGUAUAAUAGUUAGCAUCGUUCUAAUCAAGGGAAAAAUUAUUACUAGUUUGAAUUAGUAGUGAUUUAGCUUAGAUGUUGUAUUGAUUUUAUAAUAAUCCGUAGUGAUUUCGUUAUUUUUAGUAACGUUUUUUGCUAGUUAUCACGGUGCUAGGGGUUAGCACCUAAUCCCAUCCCUUUUUCCCCCAAAUAAAAUCACUCUGUGUGAUUAACUUGCACAAAAAAAAAAAGUAAUAAAUCCUAUGAAAUUAGGGGAUUAAGAAAGUAUUUACCAAAUGGCCAACCAUGUUUGCAGACCGACCUAUAAAAAUUACACCGAACUUAUGAAAACAUGUUCGAAACAAAUUAAUCUCCUCUCACCAAAAGCAUAUGAAAUCACCUCGUACAAACUUGUCGCCUCUGCCCACCACUUGGGCCAGAGCUGUGUUAGGCCUUGGGACUUGGGAGCUCCUCUCAGAAUUAUGAAUAUUACGUAUAAAAUAAAACAUGAGAUAAAUAUAGAAGUGUGCAAUUUGAUAUAUAAAGUCUUUUCUUCUAAAGCAGUGGGAAAUUUGUCAAUUUAUGUUUAUGAAACAUUGUUCAUGGAUUCAAUAACUAAUAAUCCCAAGAAUGUUAGUUUUUUUUUUUAUACUUAUGAGAUUAGUUUUAUCAUGGUCAAUUUGGUCAUUUAACUUUCAUACUACUUCAAAUAUGUCAAUUAAAUUCUACUUCAAUUUUGUAAAUCAUUUAAAUUCAUAUUAUAUCAACUAAAAUCUUCAAUUCUUAUUUAACGAAUAAAUUUGAGUGAAUUAUAGAUAAAUUAAUGUAUUUAUU